UAAGAUCGCAGCGCCGCGGUGGACAAAUUGUAAAGCUCUGCAAGAUAUGUAAACUUUGCUAAUCUUUGCUGUUUUGUAUAUAUAAAGUGUGUAUGUUUUGAAUUUUUUGAAGUAAUUAUAUACGAGUGGAUCACGAAAUAGCUUAUUUGAAGUAAAUUGAUACAAGCGCAACUUCUGCCGUUCCGCGUAAGUAAUGCAUAAGUUCAAUAAUCUAACCUGACGUAAAAUAUUAACUUUCUAGGUUAUGGAGAACAGAUUCUCGAUAUGUGACUAUCUACUGUAUAUAAAAGGGACAGAUAAUUCUAGAGUGGUGUAUGAAGGGGAACAUGUUCUUAAUGCAGGACACAUCAUACUGUGUGGAGUAACAAACAAGGAGGAAAAUCGUCUAACGUUGUAUGCACUUUGUUUACAAACGAGUGCCUUACAAAGUGCACCACAUAAAAUCGAAGGGACUUUAGUGCAUGAUGACGAAAAGUGGGUUGUAGAAAAGUUUGCAUGUUCUUGUAAAGCUGGGCAAAGUGGUCGAUGCAAGCAUAUUUCAGCAGUUUUGCUACAAUGUUCAAGGACUUCCCUCGAUAAACUUGAAGCAGUUUCGCAAACUGAUAUUAAAUGCACAUGGUCUGCUCAGAAAGGCAAAACACAAGAUAAAUAUAGAGCAAUUCCUGUUAAAGAAAUGCCGUGCAUAAAGCAAAGUGAUGGUAUGAAAUUGGACGAGGCAAUUUUAAUGGGCAUACACGAUAAUUUGGUGUCUAAAUUGCCAAAUUCAGCAUUGGCAUUACACAAGUGAGCAAUUUAAUGUUACAAUGUAUAUUAUGUUAAUGAACUUUGUAGGGCAGGACGACGUUGCACAAACCUUUCCACCUUUGAGAAUGAAGAAGUGUUUACUCCAUAUGAUGAGCAUGAUGUAGUCAUUUUAAAUCACGCAACGCAAUCAAUUUUAAUGAUGGAAUUGUAUCAUUUUCAUGUAAAUUUCAUAGGUUCUUGUUGUAAAGAAUUGUUCGAUAAACACUUAUUGAAAGAUAUUGACGAAAUAUUGCUUAAAACUAAACAGUCAAAAGAAUUUUGGAAUAUUGAAAGAAAAUUUAGGGUUACAGGUUCACGAAUUUAUGAACUAUAUACGUAUAAAUCAGAUGAUUGGCAAAAAAAAGCAAAUCGUUAUUUUAAUCCAAUAAGUUUCAUGAAUAAAUUUACUAAGCAUGGC